CUUCCUGCGGUGGGACGGUCCCGUGGCACCUGGCGGGGUUGAGGCGGACACGCAGGGCCGGGAGCGACGACGAUGGACGACCACAGUUUGGAAGAGUUCCGUCGGCGCUGGCAGGAGGAGCUGGCGCAGGCCCAGGCGCUGAGGAGGCGGCGGCGGCCCGAAGCUGCCGAGCGGCGUCCGCGGCGGCCUGAGGUGGCCCCCGGGCGCGGCGAGCAGGCCUCAGGGUACCUGGCCCUGGCCCAGGGUCUCCUGGAGGGAGCAGGGCGGCCCCCGGCGACAAGAAUUAGCCGGGGCGACAGGCAGGACGCGGCCAGCCGUUCGCGCUCCCCUCCGGUUCGCGAGGCCCCAGGGGGCGGGGAGCAGCUGGUGGACCAGCUCAUCCGUGACCUGAAUGAAAUGGAUGAUGUGCCCUUCUUUGACAUCCAACUGCCUUACGAAUUGGCGAUCAAUAUAUUUCAGUAUCUGGACAGGAGAGAGCUGGGAAGGUGUGCACAGGUGAGCAAGACGUGGAAGGUGAUUGCUGAGGACGAGGUGCUGUGGUAUAGGCUGUGCCAGCGGGAAGGGCACCUGCCAGAGAAUAGCAUCUCUGAUUAUUCAUGCUGGAAGCUCAUCUUCCAAGAGUGCCGUGCCAGGGAGCACACGCUAAGAACCAACUGGAAGAAUCGCAAAGGCGCUGUGAGUGAGCUGGAGCAUAUUCCUGACGCAGUUUUGUGUGAUGUGCAUUCUCAUGGUGGCGUUGUCAUUGCUGGGUACACAUCUGGAGAUGUGCGGGUGUGGGACACCCGCACCUGGGACUAUGUGGCCCCCUUCCUGGAAUCCGACUAUGAGGAGGACGAGCCUGGGAUGCAGCCAUAUGUCUCCUUUGUGAGGAUAAACAGCUCUCUGGCUGUGGCGGCUUAUGAGGAUGGAUUUCUCAAUAUUUGGGACCUGAAGACUGGGAAGUACCCAAUUCAUCGUUUUGAGCAUGAUGCAAGGAUUCAGGCUCUAGCCCUCAGCCGGGAAGAUGUCACCAUUGCCACGGCUUCUGCCUUUGAUGUGGUGAUGUUGUACCCCAAUGAUGAGGGCUACUGGCAAAUAGCUGCAGAAUUUGAAGUUCAGAAACUGGUUGACUACCUUGAAAUAGUUCCAGAUACGGGACGUUACCCUGUGGCAAUAGCCACAGCUGGAGAUCUGGUAUACCUGUUAAAAGCCGAAGACUCAGCCAGAACCCUCCACUACGUCUAUGGCCAGCCUGUCACCUGUCUAGACGUGUCUGCCAGCCAGGUUGCCUUUGGCGUGAAGAGUCUGGGAUGGGUGUACGAAGGAAACAAGAUCCUGGUGUACAGCUUGGAAGCAGAGCGCUGCCUGUCCAAGCUCGGAAAUGCCCUUGGUGACUUCACCUGUGUCAAUCUCAGGGACAGCCCUCCCCACCUCAUGGUCAGCGGCAACAUGGACAGGAGGGUGAGGAUACAUGACCUCCGCACUGAUAAGAUCGCCCUGUCCCUCUCCGCUCACCAGCUGGGGGUCUCUGCCGUCCAGAUGGAUGACUGGAAGAUUGUGAGUGGAGGCGAGGAAGGCCUGGUAUCCGUGUGGGAUUAUCGCAUGAACCAGAAGUUGUGGGAGGCCCACUCCAGACACCCAGUGCGCCAUGUGGCCUUCAACAGCCACAGCCUCAUCACAGCCCAUGUGCCCUACGAGAGGGUGGUGCGUAACUCCGACCUGGACAACUUUGCCACGCACAGGAGACACCGGGGGCUGAUCCACGCCUACCAGUUUGCCGUGGACCAGCUGGCCCUUCAGAGCCCUCUUCCUGUCUGCCGCUCCUCCUGCGACAUCAUGGCAACGUACAACUACGAUCUCGCGCUGGCCUUUCCCUACGAAAGUUUGUAGGAAGUCACCCCACCUGGGAGUAGAGAGAACACGGGGCAGGCCGCCCCAACCUGGCCUGUCUCCGACUGACGCCCUCCCCCCGUCCUGUCCUGGGCACCGGAACCUCACUCCACAAUGCCCCGCUGGGCUCUUUCUCCUUGCCUCUGACAGCUCCCUCCUUUGGGUCACAGAUCCCACUCAGGAUGGGCUUUUUCUGUGGGUGGUACUGAGGAACAGCACUGAGCUGUACCUUGCCCUACCCCCACCUGAUGUACACUCAGCAAGCAGUGCUUUUUCUGUAUACCUUUUACCAUGGUUCAUAAUUAUAUAUUUAUACAGUUA